GUGUGAAAUCCCCACGUUCACAAAUACAUGGUGCAUGAGUGUGAAGAGGUUCUUUGAGGUGGACACGUUUGACGCGAGAAGAAGAUGAGUAUUUGGAGAUGAAUUCAGUAUCGAUGUGGAAUGAACAUCUUAACUUGGACGGUUGGGCUCUAUUCCAUCUUCCAGUUCGUACCAGUGACCAGUAAAGUUGGAGGUGGACACUGUGGUAGUAACAAGUGGGGACCUGCAUGUGUCAAGAACUGUUCAUCUAACUGUCGCCCUUUACACGACAUAGUCCACUGCCAGGUCAAUACAGGAGAGUGUCUGGAAGGUUGUAACGUAGGAUAUCAUGGUACCAACUGUCGCAGAGAGUGCAACUCAAACUGUAUCAACAAUACCUGCAACCACGUAGAUGGCGAGUGUUCCAUUGGGUGCAAGAAUGGAACACCGUGUAUAGUGACAUCACCACCAACAAACAAGUCUGAUACAGAUAUCACGCAAACUCACUGCGGUAAGAGUUGCAAGGAGAUUUCCAAGUAGCUAAACGUUCGAACCUUCCCAGCAACAUAAUACAGUUGCGUGUAUUUAUCAAUGUCGACCGAGGUUAUCCUGUGGAUUAAUGGUUCCGUUUGUUCUGAGUUUCAGGUUUCAAUAGCUGCCUCGGUUACAGUGUUUCCUUAACCAUCAUAGUAACUGUGAUUUUAUGUGCUGGAUUGUUUGUAUGUGCCAUAUGUCACAGGCGCAGGCACAAAAUGCGGAGAAACAAGAGGGCUGAUGAGGGCCUUGUAGAGGAAUGGGUUAAGAUGAACAGACUGGAUAUUGGACACAGCGAUUGAUACUUUCAGCACAAAUAUUGUUCAUUUCUGCAAGUAUGGAUGGAUGUCGAUUAAUUCUUUACGUCGUUUUAUGGUCAGUGGUUGUUGGUACACAGAAUCGACAAUGCCCAGCAGGUUUCUAUGGUAGCAGUUGCCAGCAUACGUGUCCAAUGACUUGCAAUAACAAGCAAUGUAACAUUGACAAAUUUGGUCGAACUGUUUGUACCCACGGAUGUGUGGAUGGAUACAGAGGCACCUCGUGCAGAAUCCCCUGUCCAGUGAAUUGUCAAGUGUGUGAACGUCUCAACGGCAGCUGCAUUAACUGUAAAGAUACCUUUCAUGGUACUAACUGUUCUCUCACAUGUGAAGAGUUGUGUCAGGGAUUCCGGUGUGACACAGACCAGACAUGUUCUAAAACGACUUGUCUUGACGGGUGGUAUGGACAGAACUGCAGGAACAAGUGCUACCCCCGGUGCCUGACAUGUACCCAAUCUACUGGAAACUGCACUGCCUGUGGUGAUGGCUACUAUGGGGAGUUCUGUGGGUUGGAUUGUCCUCGGUGCGGCUUUACAGACGGUAGUGUGGAUCAGACAUGUAAAGAUGGAUGCAACACAACUUCAUGUUCAGACAUCAAACGCGGCGAGUCUGGAAAUAAUAUACUGUUGUAUGUGUUUAUUGCCAUUGCUGUGCUAUUGUUUCUACUGUUGGGCAUUGUCAUUGCUGUGCUAUUGUUUCUGCUGCUGGGCUCACGCUACACGAUCAUCAGGAAGAAAAAAGAGGCAUUGGGAGGGGUUGAACUACAAUUGCUUACAAGAAGAAACGGGGACGUGAACAACGCAGCACCCACAUCAGCGAAUGAUCCCACAUGUCCUACUUCUGUUGAGACGAACACAUCUUCAGAAGGCUCAGUUAUUUCUGUUACGGAUUCGAAACAACCCAACAUUGAUGAUGGAUACAGUAGUUGGAAAUUGAAAAAAAAUGCAACCGUGUGAGUUCGGCUUGUAUUUAAUGUGUGCUUUGCUAUGAAUGAGAAAUCAUAUUGAUUUUGGUGUUGAAAUUUGAGGGUAUUUCUGGAAUAAUGGUGACAUGUGUAAAAAUGUAAAGAUAUCAUUUAGAAAAUCGACUUCGUUUCCAUAAGAACAUGAAUGAAUAUCUAAAAAUUGUAAUGCGAUGUGAUUGAAUACAUGUCAGUGACUUGACGCUGUUUGAGUUUGAAUACGUUUUCAAUUGUCAUCUGAUAUUCUGGAUAAGCCAAAAGUGCUGCAAAUCAUGUUUUCAGAUUUAGUGAAAUCUACGAGUCCGUGCGAUUUGGGCUUAACGUUUACAUGUUUGUUAAGUUCAUGAGAUUAUCAAACGUAUCAUAACUCGGUGUACAGAUUAAAUAGCCUCUUUCUAAUAUUGUUGUCAAUAGAUUGUCACCCUGUUAAAUGAUUUAUGCUGGAAUAUGUAAUAAUGUAUCUUGUGUUUCUGUAUUUUGAUAGUGUGUCACUGUGCAACUACAACUAGUAUUCAAUCGUAUGCAAACUGUCGUAUGUUUAUCAUGAUCGCUAUGUAUUGAUUUAUCGAUAUUAAUCAUUAUCAAUCAUGUCAUAUGUUAUCUUCCAUAAAAAUGUUUUUCGUUCAUACACAUGUAUCCAUGUAUAUCCACAACUGCUUGUAAACGGUAAUAGACCUUUUGGCUGACCAAUAAA